AUGACUUCUCCAUCUAAGGUUUGCUAUAUGCCUCUAAGCACUUUGUCUAAGCGUGAUAGAAACUUACAUGAAUGUUCUUCAACCCAGACCGCUCCCUUUGACGAGCUACUUCGCCGGUGCAAUUUUAAUUGGGCCGAAGACGCAGAGGAAGAGGCUAGAGCUAAUGGCAAUCUGCCAAUGGCCGCUGCACCAAAGCCUCUUGAUUGCUCCUUGCCUAAGGCCAAGUGGUACAAUGAACCCUUCCCAACUCGCAACUAUGUGCCUGCUCCCCGAUUCAAGUCAUCCGUUUCAACCAUCAAUGAAGAGAUCUGGGAUGAGCUGUGGGGCUGUGCUGAUGGAUCUACGGAUGCAACCUCAAGCUUUGACGAACUCCAGACCGACUCCGAUGAGUCCAACAGUACAGCUUCGAGUUAUGAGGUGGCUCUCCCCAAGGACGAGUUUCGCCGUGAGCAUUUAACCCCCAAUGCGGAAUCCGAGACAUAUUCGGUUGCACAGCAAGAUGUGGAUAUCAUCUUUUCUGAUCGCCAAGCGUGGGUCGAAGUCGACGAGGAGAUUCAUCACUUUAACUGGCUGGGGGUACGAGUUUACACCCACUGUGCCACUUCCCCAUCUGACUCGCUUGCCAUCAUCUUGGCAAACCCCAAGAGUCCUCAGGGAGGUGCUAGCUUGAGAAUCCAACUACUUCUGAGCCGAGCAGCCCAGUACAUAGACCCGGUUCUCGUACUUCUCGAUGACACUGACGAUAGCUUGUUCGACCUCCGGGGGUCGGAGCUUGUCCGUGCCUCAACCGGACGCGCUUUCAAGUUCUACUCGCCACAUGGAAGAUGGUUGGAAGAUCCCAAGGAUACGAGUGAAGAAACAACCACAGACUUCGGCAAUGUGCGGACCUACGACGCCUCAGAUGUGGCCAUUGGAAAUGGUUUCGUGGAGUCUAGUGCCAUUCGAUCGGUGUCCCAGUGGUCAGAGGCUCGGUAUGAAGCCUGCGAUGACUCUGGAGAAGGUCUACAUCCGCGGAGGAUGACUUGGGAGCGGAAACCUUCGCCAUUGAGUCAAUGCGAAUCAAUUUUGCCAGAGAUCACCCCCGAGUCACCACAGCCAGAGACCAUCAAUCAGGCAAAGAAGCCACCUCGCAAGAUCACAACCUGUGUUAUCUCCGCACCACCUGAGGAAUAUUUCUCUUUCCCCACUCCAGUCUUUCGUCCUAGGGGGGUGAGGCGAGCACUUGCAAAGGCUCGACGGGGACUUGGAUCUAUGCUCACAUCAUUGAAGCGCAAGUUGAGGUAG